UUAAUAAGUACUGGUGAGGGCUAGUCAGAGUAUUAGGGUUAGUAUAUGGGACACAUGUCACCUGUGCAAACGGACUACGAUUCUUGUCACACCGGGACACCGGGACUUCACUUCAUGAAGAGGUCCGACACACCGGCCCCACGCACACGAAGAUAAGAAGUGGGCCAUAAAUUACUGUCUUCCAAAGGAAAACCCGAGUAUGGCAGGUGUAAAUACGGCAAAAGCGCUCACGCCCAAUGAAGCGAGGAUCGGCCUGCUGAUACAAUUAGCCAUAUGGUGCUUUGUCGGAGGUGCGGUCGGCCUUGUGGCGUAUGGCCCGCUCUUCACCGACGAUCACGCCAUCAGAGAUUCGGUCAAGGAUAUAUUCGGCCAUCCAGAUAUUGAGAGAGCGAUCACAACUGCGCAAUCCCUUCUUAUUGCAACCUAUGUCAUAGGUUUCCUCCCAUUGGUGGCCGUGUUGAUUGCCUGUGUUCUGUUGGUUCUAAUUUGCCGACAAAAGAGGGCACUUCGCACGCAGAUUCUCUUUGGGAUUCUUCUUGUAUCAGCCUUGACGCUCUUUAUAUGCGGAGUGGCAGUUCUUGCCAUAGCGGACCAAGGGCGUAAAAACUGGAGCGCAGACUCUGAUCAAACUUUCAGAGUAUUGAAAAGUGACAUUUUGACCAAAUAUGGCAUGUCAGAAACGCACGAGAAGUUAACAGACGGAUUGGACAGAAUUCAAACGCAGUACAAAUGUUGCGGCGUUGAUAAUGUCACUGAUUUUUGGGAAAGCCAGUGGAAGGCAAAAUUUGGACAAAGUGCCCCUGAAAGCUGUUGUAAUUUAGAAACGGACGAAAGCAACACUACAGCUUUGGAAAAGUGCAAACAGGAAGCGGAAUAUCUCCACGCCAGGAUUGAGACAAAUAUCACUGUCCUGCAGGUUGAAGGUUGCCGAGAUGCCAUCAAAACCUUCAUAGAAGGCCAGGUCUUUCACACCUUAAUUCUAUCGGGAGGUGUUGCUUCUUUCUUGGCCUUCGUCGUUAUUGCUCUGGUCAUUGCAAUUAUUGUGUUAUCUGUGGUGGAUAUGAGGAAGACAAAGAAGAAGGUAACUUUACAGGAAGUGGAUUCAAAAGCUCAAGCGCAGGCGCUGCUUUGACGUCAUAACAUGUGACCUGCUCCAACUGUACUAUUUAGAUUAUCUGAAAACCAUAUGCCAUUACAGAGAUGUUGAAACAUCGUUCUGUCGUUGCCGAUUGUGAUUUAAAGAACAUUCCAUUGAGGAAGGCUCAAUUAUACGUGAAUUUGCAAAUAAUCUAGAUUAAAAAGUUCUGAAUUAGAUUUUAUCAUCAGUGAGAAAGGCAGUCAUGCUUUCUACAAGUACAACUAUAUUGCUUAGCGUAUCAUAUUGCAGAAUCUUGUACAAGAAUAUUGCUGAGCCUUUCAUAUUGAAUGGUCUUGUAGACGUAUAUUGCUAAGCGCUUCAUAUUGACUGAUGUAGUACAAUUGUAUUGCUAUUUUAACGUUAUUAUACUGACCGAUCUUGAAAGGCAUCCCAUAACGUUUACAACUAACGUAUUUCUAAGUAUAAAGUAUAUGACUUCUUAUCGUGAUUGCUUUUACCCAUGGGCACCGUGUGGCAUUCCUAUUGCAGUCUGCAAUUACAUUAUAAGCGGUAUUAUAAAAAUCUCUGUAUAAAAAAGCGCUCUUGCCAAGAGGAGCAAUUGUUAAUGGGGGUAUAUUGUGGCAUUAAGAAUGACUGAGCUCUUUGUGAACCUAAGAGGACAACGCUGUUUUGUUAGAAGUUGGUGUACAUACCUGUAAAUUUGUAAUCUGCUCUUCCAAAAAGACCCGAGACAUAAUUAAGUCACGCGAUGCAUUGAAGUUUAAACUGUUUACAAUACGCUGUUAAUCAAAAGGUUUGUAAGACAGCCGUAUUCAUGUGUUAUGUUUACACAUGAUUGCAUUGCAGUUUUAAAUUAGUAUUUUUUAUUAUCGAUGGCACAUGUAACAUGACUUAUGGUAUAGAAUAACAAAAUA